UGUGCAGGGUACAUAACAGGGCUACCCUGUGCUCUCUCUUGAGGUGUUACUAGAGUCAUAGGCAGACUGGUGUAUCCUCUAGUUACUGGUGACCAAUGUGAGCUAGGCCAAGCAGGGAAGGGCAUGGGACUUAGUCCCUAGCUGUUCAGGUCGUAAGCUGCCCCUUCCAUCAGAACAGCUGUAGGUUCUCAGAGGAUGGGGCUGGCUACCUACACCCAGGCUGAGCUGGACCAUGUCUCCCUUCAGGGGCUGGAAAAGCUUGGAUCCUCUGGGGAGAUUAUCGUCUAUUAAGAUUAUUGGGUGGUCUUGUCUUUCUACAAGUCCCAAGGUGAUAAAGACUACAGGGCCUGUUGACUUGGGCUGGGCUCCCUCCUGAAAAGAGGGGGGGUUGCACCCACCCACUCUGGCACUUGGGUAGGGGCUAAGGUGGAGAUCAGAGAAAGCAUGGCAGGCUCCACAUGCUGUGUUUACUACUGUAGUUCCUGUGGGACACGAGUUCUUGAUAAUAAUUUCUGGAAGGAAUUCUUAAGCUCACCUUCCUUUAAAAAUUUGUAUUUUGGGUUUUUGUUUUGUUUGUUUGUUUGAGACUCUGUCUAACCUUGGCUGUCCUAGGACACGCUAUUUUAGACCAGGCUGGCCUCAAACUCACAGAGAUCCUCCUGCGUGCUGGGAUUAAAGGUGUGUGCCACCAGGCCUAGCAUGGUAUUUCGAUUUUUAUAGUUUUGUGUGUGUGUGCCUGUAUAUAUAUGUGUGCACCACAUACACACAGGAGCCCUUGGUGGUCAGAGCCCAGGAACGAGAGCUGCUGUUGUGAUGGGGCCUGCAGGCCUCACAGUGGCAGGGCAGUGACAACAGGCUGUCACAAAGACUGGCAAGAAAGAGGUCAGGGUUAGGAAGGAACAGCUCAGUCCUUUGAUGGGGGUUGGGAGCUCCAGUCCCUUGGCACAUCUGAAGCAGGGCUGUCUGGGUCAUCAUCUACUCUGCCCUUUCCUCCAGGAAGAAUCUGGUCCUCCAGCAGUUGUAUUUGUUUAUACAAUGCUGAGGAUAAAUCCUGGGGCACAUGCUAAGCAAGUACUCCUCCACUGAGCUCCCUUGGUCUAUGGCGAAGAGAUGCUGAAUGCUGGCAUACCCAGAGGGACAGACCUCCAGCCACUUCCUGGUAGUCAUGGUUAGGCUGAAUCUACUCACACCCACAAACGCACAGUGCCCACGUGCAGAACUGUCAAGUGAUCAUGUGACACAUCAGGAAGCCAGAGAGUCAGAGACACUUCACUCCAGAGUGCCUGGGACUUGGGCAAGGGGGCUUGAGCCACCGUAAUGUCUCCACCACGGAAGGGCUGCAGCAUCUCCCAAGACCUUGUAGUAGGGUAGUCCUCAGACAGGUGCAUCAGUAGGAAGGCAGCUGUGAACCUGGAUUUGGGACAGGGACUGGAAUCUCAGGUUUAUAACAAGACAAGAAGCAUCCGUGCCUCCUAUCCCUAGCCUCUUAAGUCUUGGGUACUAGACUACAAAGUGACCUCACCGCUUGAACUGAUUUCUUUGGUGGUGGCAUUGGCAUGUCACCCCAGGUCCCUGUCCCCCAUUUCCUUGGCUGUGAGAAUAAUAUACACCCUUCAGAAUUAAUGUUAACCAUUACACUGGCUGCAGCAGCCCUGGAUCAGCUCCAGCCCACCUCUGUUCCUAGUGGCUCUACCUGGGCUCCACCCACUCUGACCCUCUAGGGCCCCGCCUCAGCGUGUCCACAGGAUACUUAGCCACACCUCUAGUUCACUGACCAAUGAAUGAUCAGCCUUCCAAGUAUCCUGGUCACACUUUCCUUGUCCAGUCUACAGUUCUCCAGAGUCUCAGCCACUGCUGCAUCAUGUGGGCCCUGGGCUUCCUGCUCCAAUUUCUUGCCAUGCAACCUGUGGCACAGGUGGACUCCAAUGGUACUUGGUGCUACGACUCCCAAGACCCAAUGUGUGGCCCUUCCCACUGGAAGGAGCUAGCACCUGCUUGUGGGGGCCCAACCCAGUCCCCUAUCAACAUUGACCUUCGCUUGGUCCAGCGGGACUACACUCUUGAGCCCUUCAUCUUUCAAGGCUAUGAUUCAGCACCUCUAGACCCUUGGACGCUGGAAAAUGAUGGCCAUACAGUGCUACUGCGAGUAAAUUCCUGUCAGCUGAACUGCCCAGUGAUCCGAGGGGCUGGACUGCCAUCACCAGGGUACCGGCUGCUGCAGCUGCAUUUCCACUGGGGCAGCCCCGGGCACAAAGGCUCAGAGCACAGCCUGGAUGAGAAGCGCAGCUCUAUGGAGAUGCACAUGCUCCACGUGAACACAAAGUACCAGAGCAUGAGGGAGGCACUAAGCCACCAGGAUGGGUUCGCUGUGCUAGCCGUGCUGUUGGUGGAGGAGGACAGGGAUAAUACCAAUUUCUCUGCCAUUGUGUCUGGCCUAAAAAAUGUAUCUUUGCCUGGUAAGAAGCUGCGGGGUCCCAUCUGGGCUGGAAGGUAUGUGGGUGAGGAGGAGGGUGGGUUCCAGCUUCUCUCCCACCGUCCAGGGGUCUCUGUGAACCUGACAGCCACCUUCCCACUGGCCUCGCUGCUGCCAAGUUCUGUGGGGCUCUUGAGCUACUACCGAUACUCUGGGUCUCUGACCACACCCGGCUGUGAGCCAGCCGUGCUCUGGACAGUCUUUGAAAACACCGUACCCAUUGGGCGCACGCAGGUGGGAGCCACUAACCCUCUCCAAUGCCAGGCUCCUUCCCGCAGCCUCAGAUGCCACCUCUGCUUUCUCCUCUGCCCCGUCGCGCCUUGACCUGUCUUUUCCCACACUCAGGUAGCCCAGUUCCAGACCAUACCCCAGACGGGGCCACCGAGUCUGCACCCCAGACCGCUCGUGAAUAAUUUCCGCCCCCAGCAACCUCUUGGAGGGCGCAGGAUAUCCGCCUCUCCUGGAGCAACCGUCAGGUCUUCAGUCUCUACCCUGCCCUGUUCACACCUGGCUCUUUGGGGCUUGGGAGUCAGCCUGAGACUCUGGCAGGGCCCCUAGGAUCCAGGAGUGACUCCUGUUUUCACAAUAAAAGAUGCAAAGUGA